GUGCGAGGCGUGCCCGCGUGCUGGACUGACAGCAAAUUGGGAGAUGAGCUUUAAAACCGCUAUAGUAACAAACGAUGUUUCUUGCAAAAAGCUGUAAUGCUGGACUUUGCUACUUUCGUAGUAUUUGGUUCAAACUAAGGGUCCUGCACUAUGGACCUCACUGUAAGUGUGAUUCUACCAGCAGCCGGCUCUGGUGAAAGGAUGUGCCUUACAACACCCAAGCAGUUUUGCGAGGUGAAAGGAAAAUCGUUAAUCUGUCACACUGUUGAAGCAUUCCUAAAAAAUGACUGGAUCUCAAAAAUAGUCGUCGUGUUCCCGUCUGUUGUACCGCCUACACUGGCGCGUUGUUUAAACGAGCCAGAAUUGACACACAGUAAAGUGGAGAUCAUACCUGGAGGUGUUACACGUCACAGAUCUAUCUUCAACGGAAUCGAUCAUCUCAAACAGAGCUCGCCGAACGUUGUUAUCGUCCACGAUGGCGUCAGGCCGUUCGUCCCUGAAGAGAUCUUAAAGCAGCUGGUUCAGGAAGCCAACUUGCAUGGAGCAGCAGGCCCAGUUGUUCCUCUAGUAUCAACUGUGCUCAAGAUGGACAGUGAAGGUUUCCUCGAAGAAACACUAGACAGGUCAAAAUAUGUUGCCAGUGAGAUGCCACAGGCUUUUAAAUACUGUGUCCUACUUGAUGCUUACAACAAAUGCACGAAGGACGAUUUCGAUCAUGGCACUGAAUGUCUCGCUUUGGUACAUAAAUAUUGCAAGAUCAAACCUAAGCUAAUACCUGGCAACGACCAGCUGUUUAAGGUUACAUACUUGAGAGAUCUGUAUGCAGUAUCUGGCAUUUUAGAAAACAACAGGGACUAGGUUUUGUGCGUAUCUUAAUUGCAUUGCUCAGUACUAGACUCUGUACUUUUUAAUUUUUAUCCUAUGUGGGGUAUACACAACUACUGCACACUAUCCAACUUGAUGGGCUUCUCUGAGAAGGAAUAAGCACUGGUAUCAUUCGAAUUUCUAGUUUAUUUUGGAACUGUUUAGUCACUACGGUGAUUUAAAUGAUUGAUGGGUAACAUCAAUCAUUUAAAAUGUUCUGUGCCAAAAAAUAAGCGCAACUUUGUUUCACAUUGUUUUGUCUUUAGAAAACUACAUGCUGAAAAGGAUUACAUAACAUAAUCAUGUGCCACGCCUUGCUGAUAUCACAGUAAAGAAGUGCCUGUUAGGCCGGUUUCACACAAGACGUUUUUAGCAGAGCCAAAAUGGACUCAUUGUAACCUAUGGGGCUCGAUUGUCCUAAGGUUAUAUUUUUGAAGCAAACAGACAACAAAUAUGGUAGUGUGAAACCAGCCUUAUGCAGAGUCUGUUUUUGGUUGUCUCAUAUGUCAACCACCUACAUCCCAUGUGUUGUAAGUGCAUGUAAAUUUUUCCUUGCCAAAUGCACAACUUAUUGUUUAUCACUUUCGCAUCUUCACUGCUGCUGUGAGUGGAAACAGUAAUAUGUAGCUUGCUUUUUUGUUCCUUCUUUGUAGUGAAGUACCUAGCGGGAAAAAAUUUGAUGUAACAUCGUGUUUUGUGCUUUUCAUAUCCCAGCUUACGUUGUAUUGCUCUUGGGAAUACUCUUUUCAUGUCUUCUCACACUUUUCAAUCAAUGUGACAGCUCACAUUUGAAGCAGAAAUAAACUCGGCAUAUUCUUAAAACAA